UACUGAUAAGAGAGAAAAGUCAGAAAAACCGCAUAAAUAUUAAAAUCUGUGUUGACUAGAUUACGAAUUAUUCAUAUUAAUUCGUUUUAUUUGCCCCCACAACAGUGAAUAGACUACAGUCAUCAAUACAGUAGUAUUAGUCAUACUUGUCUAUAAGCCGAAUUUUUGAUUUGAUACGGUAAAUUCAAAUGAUACAAAUAACUGGUUUCUGAAAAAAAUUAAUGGAUCCUAACAUUCCAAAUCAUUGUCCAGGCACAGAUAGCUCAUCUGCCGGUCAAGUAUCUGCAUGCCAAGGAUGUCCAAAUCAAAAUAUUUGUGCAUCUGGUGUUACUCAACUUCCUGAUCCAGCUUUAGAAGUUUUAAAACAUCGACUGUCUUCAGUGAAGUAUAAAAUACUAGUACUGUCUGGUAAAGGCGGAGUUGGUAAAAGUACAUUCACAUCAUUAUUAGCUAGAGUAUUAGCUAAGGAAAAUGAACAAAAAAAUAUUGGAGUGUUAGAUGUUGAUAUUUGUGGGCCAUCAUUACCUCUUGUGUUUGGAGUUCAAGAUGAAAAUAUACAUCAAAGUGGAUCAGGGUGGUCUCCUGUGUUUGUUGAAGAAAAUUUAUCAGUUAUGUCUGUUGGAUUUUUGCUAGAAAGUAAGGAUGAUGCUGUAAUUUGGAGAGGUCCAAAGAAAAAUGCUAUGAUCAAACAAUUUUUGACCGAAGUUGAUUGGGGUGACACAUUGGACUAUUUGAUUGUUGAUACUCCGCCAGGAACUUCUGAUGAACACCUCUCAUUAGUCCAAUUCCUUAAAUCAACUGAUAACUUUUCUGCAGUUGUCGUAACUACUCCUCAAGAAGUGUCUUUGUUAGAUGUCCGUAAAGAAUUGGAUUUUGCCAGAAAAGUUGGAUUACCUAUAUUGGGUGUUGUCGAAAAUAUGUCUGCUUUUGUUUGUCCCAAAUGUAAAGUUACAUCUGAAAUAUUUCCAAAAAAUACUGGUGGUGCUGCUCAGAUGUCACAUGAAAUGGGUGUUCCAUUCCUCGGAUCAGUUCCGUUAGAUCCUUCGUUAGGACGAUGUUGUGAUGAAGGUGUCAACUUUAUUCAAAAACAUGCCGGAUCACCAACAAUUAUGGCCGUUAAAAAUAUUGUUGAAAAUUUAACAAUGAAUUUACAAUCAAUAUGAUAAAACUGUGAUUUGUUUUUAAUCAUAUUAUAAUAUUAAUACUACACAACAAAUAUUCAUCUACAAAUGAAGACAGUUUUCUAUUUAAGAAACUGUUAUAAUAAAGAUAUAGAAGAAAAAAAUAUUUUGUAAUAAUAUAAACAAUAUUUUAUAAUUAAACACUGAUAUGAAU